AUGCAAGGGUGUUCCAAGGAUGAGGUCUUCGAUGCAAGCGCCAACACGUCCUUUAACUCAGCAUUCUUGAACUCAAUUCAUCCGCAUCUUUUCGCCCAUUACUGUCAAUCCUCAUCGGUCCGAGCUUUCCGUCAGGAUGUGGAGAAGACUACCAGUAUGCCGCUCUGCAAAUCUUCGCCUCGAAACCCCUCCAAUUGGUCUCUAUGGAUCCGGGUGGCAUUCGGGUUCCAUACAACGUCGCAUCGGAAUACCUCCUACCCGUGGGUCAACUUUCAAUAUUUCAAUCCGGAAGGUAGAUGA